AUGGAAACCGAACCCCAAGAAUCCAACCCCCAAAACGACGCCGUCAUCAGCUCCUUCUGCGAGAUCACCUCCGCCUCUCCCCAAGAAGCCCGCUUCUUCCUCGAAUCCCAUAAUUGGGACCUCGACGCCGCCGUUUCCACUUUCUUUGAAAACGACGCCGCCGCCGUCGACGACGCCACCGUCGCCGUCACCAACCCAGUCCCGGCGUCCCAUUCGCUCUCGCCGUCUCCAUCUCACUCGCCGGAGUACUCUCCCUCCCAGUCCCCCACGCGCUCCCGCUCGCCCUCGCCGGCGCCGUCUCGCCCGGCGUACCAGCUCCGGUCGAAGCGCGCAGCCUCCGGGAGCAGCAAGGAUGACAACAAGCCCCCCGCCGCGCGUACACGUGGCGGCAUUCGGACGCUUUCCGAUCUGAAUCGGCGUCCGGUGAAGGAUGGCUCUGACAGUGACGACGAUGAACCCAACGAGUACUACACUGGCGGCGAGAAAAGUGGUAUGCUUGUCCAAGACCCUACCAGAGGCGGUGCGGGUGACGUGGAUUCAAUUUUCGCUCAAGCCAGACAGUUUCACCAAGCACCUCUGGAACCUUCUUCAAGCUCGAGAAGUUUUACUGGAACAGCUCGGACACUUACAGGGGAGACUGUUCCAGCUGCUGCACCUCCGCCACCUGAAUCUAUCAAUCACACCAUCACUUUCUGGAACAAUGGCUUUACCGUAGACGACGGCCCACUGCGGAGGGUGGAUGAUCCUGCAAAUGCAACCUUCAUGGAAAGCAUCAAGAAAUCUGAGUGCCCAGAAGAGCUUGAACCACCUAGUAGGAUGACUACUGUUGAAGUCAGUCUUAUCAAGCGGGAGGAAGACUACCGUGAACCAGUGAAGCAGCGUAGUCAGGCUGCUUUUCAGGGUGUUGGAAGAACUUUGGGUGGCAGCACUUCGGAGUCAGCUGCCUCUGAGUCAACUGCUGCUGCCGGUCCUCCUCCUACAACUGCUCCAUUGCCAUCAAUGGGCUUAACCGUUGAUCAGUCAUUGCCAUCGACCUCUAUUCAGCUAAGGUUGGCAGAUGGUACCCGGAUGGUGUCUCGCUUCAACAACCGCCAUACAAUUAGAGACAUUCAUGCUUUUAUUGAUGCAUCAAGACCUGGUGGGGUAAGAAAUUACCGAUUGCAGACAAUGGGUUUUCCUCCAAAACAGCUCACUGAUUUGGACCAAACAAUUGAGCAAGCCGGUGCCACCAAUUCUGUCAUCAUCGGCAUACUCUUGCUUAACAUAUUGUCAUUCCGCAAAUCUUGUUCACGAUCUAGUGAAAACACAGAUAUCAAUCUCCCCUGGGUUGAGGUUUCUGUAGAUAUGAUCAAACAAAUUCUGGGUAGAAUACCUCGAAAACCUUCGAAAUCAUCGCAAAACGAUGCAUACAACGAUGGAGGGGUUAAUGGGAUUGGACCCAAUUCCAUUAACAGCUCAAAGUCUUCGAAUUCAGGUUCUGGGAAUUCAAGAACCAGCAAUGGGGUUCUUGCCCCACUGUCUAGUAAACCCAGUCAAUCCAAGAAGCCAGGUCAAGUAGGUCCUUUGUUGUUUUCGGGUGCCUAUGAGGCCCUGCCGAGUUUCAGGGAUGUCCCCAGUGCAGAGAAGCAGGGUCUGUUUAUCAAGAAAUUGAACAUGUGUUGUGUUGUGUUUGAUUUCAAUGAUCCGUGGAAGAAUGUCAAGGAGAAGGAUGUAAAGAGGCAGACUUUGCUUGAGCUUGUGGAUUACAUUUCGUCUGUGAAUUCCAAGUUCAAUGAGGUGACAAUGCAGGAGAUUACUAAGAUGGUGGCCACCAAUUUGUUUCGGACUUUUCCAUCCCCGAGUCAUGAGAAGAAGGCUCUUGAGAGCUAUGACCAGGACGAGGAGGACCAGAUGUUGGAGCCUGCUUGGUCUCAUCUUCAGGUUGUGUAUGAGUUUCUGUUAAGAUUUGUGGCUUCUCCUGAGACAGAUGCCAAGCUUGCUAAAAGAUAUAUUGAUCAGGCGUUUGUUUUGAAGUUGCUUGAUUUGUUUGACUCUGAGGAUCAAAGAGAGAGGGAAUACUUAAAAACAAUCCUACACCGGGUUUAUGGGAAGUUCAUGGUGCAUCGACCAUUCAUUAGGAAAGCCAUCAAUAAUAUCUUCUUUUGGUUCAUAUUUGAGACUCAGAAGCACAAUGGGAUUGCAGAAAUGCUUGAAAUUUUAGGCAGUAUAAUCAAUGGUUUUGCUUUACCUUUGAAGGAAGAGCACAAGCUGUUCCUUGUCCGCGCCUUGAUUCCCCUUCACAAGCCUAAAUGUGUAUCUAUGUAUCAUCAGCAACUUUCCUAUUGCAUUACUCAGUUUGUGGAGAAAGAUGGCAAGCUGUCUGAUACCGUGAUUAGAGGACUGUUGAAGUAUUGGCCCAUAACCAAUAGUUCAAAGGAAGUCAUGUUCCUUGGUGAAUUGGAAGAAGUUCUGGAAGCUACCCAACCAUCAGAAUUUCAGCGGUGCAUGGUCCCUCUUUUCCGUCAAAUUGGUCACUGCCUCAGCAGCUCACAUUUUCAGGUAGCUGAACGCGCAUUGUUUUUGUGGAAUAAUGAUCACAUAAGAACUUUGAUCACACAAAACCGCCAAGUGAUUCUGCCAAUAAUUUUCCCUGCUAUGGAGGAAAAUGCUCGGAGUCACUGGAAUCAAGCUGUUCGGAGUUUGACAUUGAAUGUGAGAAAGAUAUUCUCAGAUAUUGAUCAAGAACUCUUUGAUGAGUGCUUGGCCACAUUCCAAGAAGAUGAAACUAAAGAGAAGGAAACACAGGAGAAACGUGAAUCAACCUGGAAGCGCUUGGAAGCUGUGGCUUCCUCCAAGUCUUUGAACAAUGAGGCCGACCUUGUCUCAAGGUUUGCUUCUAAUGCCAUUUCUACAAGCCAAAAACCCCGGACCACUUCUGGUAGUUGAUAUCAUCACAAUUCCGAAGUGUGAGUCUUCUUACCUGAAUGAAAGUGGGCGGGACUUGGCCUCAUUUCUCUCGAGCUUGUUGUAACUGUAGUUUCGUUCUGAUAAGGGAUAACGGUGAAGGUGGGGGGCUUUUGCUGAUAAUUGAAACAGCCCCUUGUUUAUCAGCCGUUCAGUUUCUUUUGUACUCUUCAGCCAUGGAGGGGUGUGUAUCAUAAGAUACUGUUUGUUAUAGAGAUAAAUGGUGGUUUGAAUUCCCACCAGAUAGUAUUUAUUGUAUAAUAGUGCAGAUUGCAGAAUGUAUUUCAUUUUCUCGUUCUGUUUCCAUUCAAGCAGUAUACCUUAUCUUUGAAGUUCAUUGUAAUACCAAUUCCAGUGUUCGAUUGAUUAUUGCGA